AUGAAUAACACGAACGAUAAAUUAUCAUAUACACAUGUAAAUCUAACCCGAUGGGUUUCGAGUACGAUUGCACCAAUAAUAUUAUUGGGUUGUGCUAUUGGAAAUAUAGUGUCAUUUUUUGUUCUAUUACGUCCACGUCUUCGUAAAGAAACAACAUCAAUCUAUUUAGCUGUUUUAUGCGUUGCUGAAAUGGGCACAUGUUAUACGGGAUUGUUGAGACAAUUUUUAAUUGAUGCAUUUAGUCUUGAUAUACGAUCAAUAAAUGGAUUUUCAUGUCGCAUACAUAUCUAUUUUACCUAUGUAUUUCUUCGUUUAGCACCACUGAUACUUGCGUUGGUUACUUUACAACGCUAUUUAUUUGUCGGUCAAUUAGCCUUAUGUUCUCUUAAACAAACGAUUAUACAAUUAUGUUCAUGUACUUUAUUUGUUUUUGUAGCUGAAUUUCAUUUAUUUAUUUUCUAUGAUUUUACUCAUUCCGAUACAAGACCAAGAAAUCAAUCGCCAUUAGAGUGCACAGUCGAUACAUUACGUCAUGGGAAAUAUUAUACAUUUCGAAGUAAAAUCUAUCCGAAAUUAUCACUUGUUCUAUACACAAUAAUACCAUUAGCGAUAAUUAUAAUUGGUAAUGCAUUACUUAUACGUAAAGUCCGAGAAGCAUCGAAACGGUCACGUUCAAAGACAAAUAAAAAACGUUCAAUAACGAGGAUGUUAUAUGCUGUCAGUAUACUUUACACCGUUCUAACAUCGCCGGCAGCAAUAUUUUUAGCUCUAGCACCGCAAAGUUAUCAAUUGACACCAAGAUUUCGUCUUGAAUGGACAUUAUUACGUUUAUUAUUUUAUUUAUGUCAUUCAGUUAAUUUUCUUCUAUUUUGUGCAAGUGGAAGUACAUUUCGACAAGAACUUGUUGUUUUUCUUAAAACAAUAUCUUGCUGUUGUCAACUGAAUUGUACUGAUAGAAAAGUAAAGCAUAAUGAAGUGAAAUUAAAUAAUAGAGUUCGAUUUAUACCCGAUACUACGCGAAAUAAUGCGGAACAAAAUCAAAAACUCAGUACAAGUAAACUGGCUGAUAAUUCAUCUGGCGUAUUAUAG